AGGUCUGCGAAGUAGAAUUUUUGCUGUUAGUGAAAUAAAAGUGAUUGGGCCCUAUCUAUGGUUGCUGAGAAUCGAGAGCUGGAUUAAUGAAGGAUUCAGAUGCAGUUACAUCUUUUGAAACAUCAUUUUGGAGAAGUCGUUUUCAAAACCAGGAAGCAAGUUCCAUGAGAACCUUUUUUUUCCGUCAAAGCCUAUAUAGUGUACUAUAAACAAAGACUGAGCUCCUGUGAACUCCUACUUCUCCACAACUUAUAGGAGCAGAAAUUUUUUAAAAUUAAAAUAAUCCAAAGUCACGUCGUCACAUAAACAACAAAAUAAGCCAGGACGUUCUAAGAGCAAACAUUUGCUUUUCCCACCCACAGACUUGGAAAGAUGCAGGCCUGAAGGAAAAGUCGGAAGCCAGUGAGAUCUUGUGCGCAGGUGCUGCCGCAGAAUCGAGUGUGCCUUUCAGCACAGUUAACUCAGAAACAUUGAAGAGUCCCACCAUGCAGAAUGGAGGUGAGGAAGGUCAAAGUGUUACAGCAGAAAACCAAAGCACCAUCAUUGGAACCAGUUAUCCUGAUGUAUUUUCUGAAGGACUGAACGGUACUGAAGGGCCACCCAGAACAGUGCACAACAGAACUGCACUGAGUCCUGUGUUUGACAUUGAAGCUACUUCUGUCAGCCCAACCAGUGUGGUUUUAACAUGGAAAAGUAAUGACUCAGCUGCUUCAGAGUACAUGUAUAAAAUAGAGAACAAGAUGGAGAAGAAACCACUGUUUGCUGAGGGAAACCAAAAAGCAUACAACAUCACAGGCUUAAAUCCAGCCACUUCCUACACGUUCUCCAUCACUCCAGGAAUAGCCAAUGCAACUUGGGGAGAGCCCGUGGAUAUAAAUGUCACAACAGAGCCUUGGCCGGUGUCUGAUCUUCGUGUUGCCUUCAUGGGUGUGACGCAGGUCGCUCUCACCUGGAGCAGUGGAAAUGGCACUGUGUCCUGCCGGAUGCUUCUCGAAAGCUUUAGAAGCCCUAAGGAAUUGACUCCACACUUGGCAGUCAAUAUUUCAGGUCUGAAGCCAGGGGUUCAUGAUACCUGGCAUCUUCCAGAAUCAAAUGAGACACAAAUUGACCCCCCAGUUACAGAAGGUGUCUUGGACACCAACAACACUGAGAGAAGCCCAGUGGUUGGCCCACGCCUGGUACGCCGGAGCCUUGAACCUGCAGACCAAUCCUCUGUCCAGGAGUCCCCAAACACAGAAGUCCUGCUCACUGGGUUAAAGCCUGGCAUGCAGUACAGGGCCACUGUUUAUUCUCAAGCAGCAGAUGGCACAGAAGGACAGCCUGGGACCAAAGUGUUUAUCACAAAUUCUAGUCAGGUUUUUGACAUCAGAGUUGUGAGCAUCAGUGCCACAAACAUGACCCUGACCUGGAAAAAAAUGCACAAUGGGUCAUCCUCUUCCUAUUCCUACAAGAUACACGUGGCUAGAGGAACUGAUUCCAUCAACCAAACUACGAGUGAGACUCAGGUCGUCAUCCUUGGGCUCAGCUCGAGUACCUUAUAUAACAUUGCAGUGCGUCCUUUCCUGGGUGACAUUGAGGGCACUCCUGGCUUCCUCCAAGUGUAUACACCCCCUGGUCCAGUUUCCGACUUUCAUGUGACACAUUUCAACACAAGGGAAAUUGGCUUGGCUUGGAGCAGUAAUGAUGCAGAAUCCUUUAGGAUUCUUACCAUGCAGGAUGGAGGUGAGAAAGGUCAAACUGUUAUAACAGGAAACCAAAGCAUCAUCAUUGGAGACUUAAAGCCUGGAACCAGAUACUGUUUUGAAAUAUUUCCACAAGGACCUAAUGGGACGGAAGGACUAUCCACAACAAUUUGCAGUAGUACUGCCUGCAGUGCUGUGAUCAACAUCCGUGUGGUCAAUGUUACUACCACUGAAAUGCAGCUGGAGUGGGAGAAUACAGACAGUGGUUCCGGGUACAUCUACCAUUUAGUUGUAGAGUCCAAGAAUGACUCCAUCAAUACCAGCAGUUCUCAGGAAGCGAUCACACUGCAGGACCUCACCCCAGGCACCUUAUAUAAUAUCACAAUCUCCCCAGAAGCAAAGCAGGUCCAGGGGGACUCCAACUCCAUUGCCCAGUACACACGGCCCAGUAGUGUAUCUCACAUUGAAGUACACACCAACACCACGGUGGCAACCAUCCGCUGGGAGAACUCAGAUGCAGCCACUCCUGUCUAUUCCUACCGCCUUGUCUUGAAGACUGGAGAUGCCAGCAAUGCAACCACGGUGGUCACAAGCACUGGAGUCACUUCCGAGACGGUCACUGAAUUAAUACCUGGCUCCUCUUACACAGUGGAGAUCUUUGCACAAGUUGGGAAUGUUACUGAGUCACUUGUACCUGGUUUGAAGUCAUUCUGUAUGGAACCAGCACCAGUGGUCGUCUUCUACUGUGAGGUGGUCCCCAAGGAGCCAGCCCUGGUUCUGAAGUGGGCCUGCCCUUUUGGCACCAACACAGGCUUCGAUCUGGUGGUCAGUAGUGGUGCCUGGCAAAAUGUGACACGCUUGGAGAGUUGCACCGCAGAGAACGACACUGAAUGCAGAACAGAAGUCAUGUAUUUGAAUUUUUCUACCUUGUACAACAUCAGCAUCACCACCUUGUCCUGUAAAAAGGCAAUCCCCACCAAGAGCACCUGCACCACAAGCAUCACAGACCCACCUCCUCCAGAUGGAUCCCCUAAUAUUACAUCUGUCAGUCACAAUUCAGUAAAGGUCAAAUUCAGUGGAUUUGAAGCCAGCCAUGGACCCAUCAAAGCCUAUGCUGUCAUUCUCACCACUGGGGAAGCUGGCCACCCUUCUGCAGAGGUUUUGAAGUACACAUACGAAGAUUUCAAAAAGGGGACCUCAGAUACUUACGUGACAUACUUUAUAAGUACGGAAGAGAAAGGACGCUCCUGGGGCUUGUCUGAAGUCUUGAAAUAUGAAAUCGAUGUGGGGAAUGAAUCCAAAACCCUUGGCUAUUAUAACGGGAGGCUGGAGCCUUUGGGCUCAUACCGGGCCUGUGUGGCUGGCUUCACCAAUAUUAUUAUUAACCCUCAAAAUGAUGAUGGACUCAUCAAUGGGACUGAGAGCUAUGUGUCCUUCAGUCGCUACUCAGAGGCUGUGUUUUUGCCUCAGGAUCCAGGGGUCAUCUGUGGAGCUGUAUUCGGAUGUAUCUUUGGUGCCCUGGUCAUUGUGGCUGUGGGAGGCUUCAUCUUCUGGAGAAAGAAAAGGAAAGAUGCUAAGAACAAUGAAGUGUCCUUUUCUCAAAUCAAACCUAAAAAAUCCAAGUUAAUCAGAGUGGAAAAUUUUGAAGCCUACUUUAAGAAACAGCAAGCUGACUCCAACUGUGGAUUUGCAGAGGAGUAUGAGGAUCUGAAGCUGGUUGGAAUAAGUCUACCUAAAUAUGCAGCUGAAGUGGCAGAGAACAGAGGAAAGAAUCGCUAUAAUAAUGUCCUGCCCUAUGAUAUUUCUCGAGUCAAACUUUCAGUCCAGACCCAUUCAACGGAUGACUACAUCAAUGCCAACUACAUGCCUGGCUACCAUUCCAAGAAAGAUUUCAUUGCUACCCAAGGACCUCUACCGAACACUCUGAAGGAUUUUUGGCGUAUGGUUUGGGAGAAAAACAUAUAUGCCAUUGUUAUGUUGACCAAAUGUGUGGAACAGGGAAGGACCAAAUGUGAAGAGUACUGGCCUUCUAAGCAGGCUCAGGACUAUGGAGACAUAACAGUGGCAAUGGCUUCUGAAGUUGUUCUUCCGGAAUGGACCAUCAGAGAUUUCACAGUGAAAAAUAUCCAGACAAGUGAGAGUCACCCUCUGAGGCAGUUCCAUUUCACCUCCUGGCCUGACCAUGGUGUUCCUGACACCACUGAUUUGCUCAUCAACUUUCGGUACCUGGUCCGAGACUACAUGAAGCAGAGUCCCCCGGAAUCACCAGUUCUGGUGCAUUGCAGUGCUGGGGUUGGAAGGACGGGCACCUUCAUUGCUAUUGAUCGUCUUAUCUAUCAGAUAGAGAAUGAGAACACCGUGGAUGUGUACGGGAUUGUCUAUGACCUUCGGAUGCACAGGCCUUUGAUGGUGCAGACAGAGGACCAGUAUGUUUUCCUCAAUCAAUGCGUUUUGGAUAUUAUCAGAUCCCAGAAAGACUCAAAAGUUGAUCUCAUCUAUCAGAACACAACUGCAAUGACAAUCUAUGAAAACCUCGAGCCAGUGAGCAUGUUUGGAAAGACCAAUGGCUACAUCACCUAGUUCCAAAGCAAACCCUUUCUGAAGUUAACCAGAUCAUCACACCCACAGCGAAGGGAUAUGCCCCGAUGCUGACAUGUUUUCAUAUGUCUCAUUUUUUAGUUCUUUGUUCUCUUCUGUUAGAACUGCCUUGGAGGGUGUGGGGCUGUACGUGUAAAACAUGGCAGAUGGGAAGUUGGGGCUGCCAGGGGCUGUGGAUGGGAGGGUACAAAUCAGCUGCAUUCCUGAUCACCAAUAGGAAGGGUUCGCUUUUUUCUUUUCCCCUUGAGAAUUGUGGAAAACCAGGAAAAGUGAGCUAUAAUUUUUUUUUCUUUUCCAAACAGGUUCUCUUUCUCUUUCUUUCUUUCUUUCUUUCUUUCUUUCUUUCUUUCUUUCUUUCUUUCUUUCUUUCUUUCUUUCUUU